UGAUCUGGAAAUCCCCCUUCCCGCUGGCGAGCGCUGAGGAGCGCGCUUCAAUUUGCAGGGAAAGACUCUUUUACGCACAACGAGCUUGGAGAGCUUGCGACGGGCAGUUUUUUUUUUCAUCAGGAAAAAGAGUUUACAAGCAACAGUGAGCUGAGGCGUCUGAGUGGGCAUGUGGUUGCUGGAGAAGCUCCGCAGCUCUGUGGAGAGCAGUGGGACGCAUCCCCCACAGACAACAGAGGCAAUCCCUGUUGCCGUUUACGCCAAUGUGCUCACUCCCGAAAGGAUCCCUGAUUUUUUCAUCCCGCCCAAACUCAUCUGCUGCCCCCCAGAGGACUCCACCAGCCCGGAGCUCAAGCCCCGUGCCAAUCUGAGACCCUCCUCCUCCGACCAUGCCAUCUGCAGCAAGAGCCCCCGAGCUCGGAGCAGCAAGAACAUCUGCAGCCCUCGCAUGUUCUCCCGCAACCUGCAAAAGUCUGCCAACCGUCACAUCAUCCAGAUAGAGAGUGCCGACGAACCGGGGGCCGGGGCCACCAACAGGCUCGGCGUGGACGUCAACACCAAUGCCGACCCCCUGUCGCAGACUGCAAUGUCCCUGCCGUACGUCCCCAAAGCUCAGACCUCCUACGGCUUCUCCACCUUGGUGGAGUCUCCUCACACCAGACGCAAGGAGAGCCUGUUCCACAGUGAUCCCAGCAGCCCCCUCACCUCACCAAACUCCCAGAGGCGCUCCCAGGGGGGGGCUUUGCUGGCCCCGGCUGACCCCAACCCUUACCGCUACUUCAGUGGAGGAGAGAGUGACACCUGCUCUUCUGCUGAGUCCUCCCCGUUUAACUCCCCCCUCCUCUCCAGGUCGGCCUCCCUACUUCGAUCCAUUACCCAGGAAACACAAGCCAAGGUGUCUCGCGCAAGACGCUCCCUGGCACGCCACAGUUCACUUUCCACCGACGAAUGCAGCUCGGCCGACAACAGCCCCAACGUGCAGCGGCGCCGCACGCGCUGCCCCCCCUCUCCCGCCUUCCGCGGCGCCAAGGCCGGCCACCCCAGGGGCGCGGCCUCGGAUCUCCUGCAGCGCGAGCACACCAUCAACCUCCACAAGGGCGGGACGGUGAGGCUGAGCACCCACUACGACCCCGAGGCCGCCCGGCUGAGGGUGCGCGUGCUCACCGCCGAGGCCCUCUACAACAGGCAGACGGACGUGAAGAGCAUCAACUGCUGCGUGGCGCUCUACCUGAACCCCGGCAAGCAGCAGAAACAAAGGAGCACCAUCAUCAAGAACAGCAGGAACCCCGUGUUCAAUGAGGACUUUUUUUUCGAUGCCCUGCCCCAGGCGCAAGUGAAGAGUCUGGCCAUGAAGAUAAAGGUGGUGAACAAAGGAACCAGCCUGAAGAGAGACGUGCUUCUAGGAGAGAGGGAGGUGCUGCUCAGUGAGCUGCUCGCAAACCUCUAGGGAGGCCCUGUCAAGGCUCCGGUGGAAGCGAGCGGCUCGCCGCCCCUCUGCCGACCUUUUCAUCCCACCUCUCCAGGCUGGGCAAGAAGCGGCAUACUGAUGACAAGGGAGCUGCAUCCUUCACACUGUGUUGUGUGCGUCGACAGAAUCUCUGUUGUCAUGAGUAGUUCAGUUUAAACAAAGACACGCUUUUAAGUGCUUGCUGGCACGUGGGCAAUGUGAUUGGCAGAGCGGUGUUUGUGUUUUAGUCUUGACAUGCUGACUUCCAAAAGGUGUCGCCCCCCCCCCCUCUCCGAUGUAGCUUUUCACAGCUGAUGUGUCUUACUGGAAGUUGUAUUUUUGUAUUAAAUCUCGAUAUUGCGUGCAAUAGUUUUGCAUGUCCCUGUGCCAAUAUAAAAAAAUAUGUUUCCAUGAGAGACUGGAUUUGAACGACUCGUAUUGUAGACAUGACUGAUGCAAUGUGACAAGUUUACCAACUGACCAAUAAAGAACACACAAAAAAAGAAA